GCCUGCAUCGACGACGCCUGCUCCCGGUACGACUGCUCCGGGUUCCAUGACGACCGCUCCGGUUGGUACGACGACUCCCGUGACGACGUCGCCCGCAUACUCGACCUCGACGCCUUCCCCGACCUCGGAAGACCCGGCAUACCCUACUCCCGCGCCAUCGGUUCCCGGAACGACUGUCCCGUUGCCGAGCACGAACCCGGUCCCGGCCGGUUGCACUCAAGUCAGCGUCGUCGGCGAUGCCACGUACUGUAUUACGGGCCCUGUGUGCUCGGGAGCUGGCGCUGUCCCUGCUGGCACCAACUGCCCGAAGCAGGGCGAUGUCGCUGUCGCGGACUGCCUCAAGACACUGAAGAGCUACGUGGAUGCGGGCAAGUGCGUCGCGCCAGUCGACGCUAUUUGCCAAAAGAUUCCGUCGGGUGCUUACGGUUGCGUUUUCCCGUCGUCGCCGGCCUCUACCAUCCCGUCGAGCUACGUGCCUACGCCCGCUGCCUCGGUGCCGUCGCCGACGCCUGCCACCUCGGUCCCUUCGCCGACGCCGGCGGGUUCGAUCCCAGCCUACCGCAACCUCCGCGCGUAAGCACACCAUCCGAGAGUAGGAUAUUGAUGUCCACCAUGAGUGACAGACAAAUGCAUGCUUCUAAAUAUACAUCAUUUCAUUUCACAUGCGC